AGGAGCUUCCGGUGGGCAGCGAUGGCGGCGCUGUGGGACUUCGGCGUGAGGGACCCGAAGAAGGUGGGUGGCGACAGCGGCGAGGAGGAAGAGGAGGACGGUGAAGAAGGAGAAGAUGGAGAUGCCGAAGGGUUCACGCUGGACGAGGUGCUGCGCCUCGGCGGCACCAAGCAAGACUACGUGAUGCUGUGCGCCGUGGACGAGGCGGAGGAGAUGGUGGACGGCGGCAAGAAGGACGCGAUCGACGACCUGAAGGAAGGGGAGCUGGAGGCCUUCGUUGGCUCCCUGGGGCUCGGCAAGUAUGCGAAAAGUUGCCUCGUGGUGGAGGAGGACGAAGAUGACGGGGGCAGCGAGGAGCAAGAGAAGCCCCCAAAGAAAGAGAAAAGCAAGAAAGAAACUAACCCUCCUUCGUUAGAGGGGAAAAAAGAAAAAAAAAUCAAGGAAAAGGCCAGCAGUGUGAAAGACAGCAAGAAGAAGGAAGCUGGUGGUGAUCAGGACCAGCACCUUUCAGCAAAGAAAGAAAAGCUGGAAGACUAUUUUGAAUUUCGUGCUAGGCAGGUGAUACUGAUCAAAUCAGGGGGCAAAUGGUAUGAUCUAGAAUACACCAAUGAAUUCUCUUCAGAGCCACAAAAUCAGAUGCUUCUGACCAAGUAUAAGGCCUUGGCCCAAAAGCUGUACCAGCAUGAGAUAGAUCUGUAUAAGAAUAAGACAGAUUAUCAGAAGGGGGCCUCUUCAGCGUGGAUGAAAACUGUUGUGUCGUCAGGUACGUUGGCUGACAGGAUGGCAGCGAUGACCCUUCUCAUUCAGGACAGUGCUGUCCACAGUCUCCAGUUUGUUGAGAACUUGGUAAACCUCAUAAAGAAAAAGGGCAGCAGGAACCAGAGCCUCAUGGCUUUGGAUACUUUCAAGGAGCUUCUCAUUUCAGAUCUCUUACCAGACAAUCGGAAAUUAUGGUCUUUCUCCCAGCGACCAUUUAACAACAUAGAGAAGAUGUCGAGUGGCAACAGGGAUUCAAGAGACAGACGAUUAAUACUGUGGUACUUCGAGCAUCACCUGAAACUGCAGGUGGCAGAGUUUGUGCAAGCGUUAGAAACACUGAGUCAUGAUUGUCUUACGGCAACGAAAUCCCGAGCGCUGGCAGUUUCCCAUGAGCUUCUCUGUAACAAGCCUGAGCAGGAGAAAGUUCUACUUGUUCAGCUGGUAAAUAAACUGGGAGACCCUCAGAAUAAAAUCGCCACCAAAGCCUCUUAUCUUUUAGAGACGUUACUUCACAAGCAUCCAAAUAUGAAGGGAGUAGUGUGCAGUGAGGUGGAGAGGCUUUUGUACCGGUCAAACAUUAAUGUGAAAACUCAGUAUUACGCCAUUUGCUUUCUAAAUCAGAUAGUCCUCAGUCAUGAAGAAAGUGCAUUGGCUAACAAACUGAUAACUUUAUACUUUUGCUUUUUUCGGAACUGCAUUAAGAAAAAAGAUGUUGAAUCCAAAAUGCUCAGUGCUCUUCUUUGUGGGGUAAACAGAGCUUACCCUUAUGCUGAGACUGGUGAUGAAAAAGUGAAAGAACAAAUGAACACGUUGUUCAAAGUUCUGCAUCUUGUGAACUUCGGUACCAGUGUCCAGGCCCUGAUGUUACUGUUUCAAGUGAUGGACUCUCAGCAGACUGUAUCGGACAGGUACUACGCAGCACUAUACAAGAAGCUUCUAGAUCCUGCUUUAGCAACCUGCUCCAAGCCAUCCAUGUUUCUUAAUCUUGUCUAUAAAUCUCUGAAGGCAGAUGUAGUGUUACGGCGCGUGAAGGCCUUUGUGAAGAGGUUACUUCAAGUCACUUGUGGACAAAUGCCACCCUUCAUUUGUGGAACCCUGUACCUUCUGUCUGAGCUUCUGAAAAUAAAACCGGAAUUAAGGCUCCAGUUACAGGAUCAUGUGGAGUCAGAUGAUGAAGAGUGCUUUAAGGAUCAAGAAGAGGCUGAAGAGGAUGAGGAAAAAUUUGUGGAUGCAGACAAAGAAGUAGAAGGUGAAGAGAAGAGCACAAUGGAAAAUUCUAAAACAAACGACUCGAAUUCAACAGCCUCGUGGGUGCAUCAUCUGAAUAUGGGAGGGAGGAAGAGUGGAGCUUCAUACGAUCCUAUGCACCGAAGUCCUUUAUACUGUGGUGCUGAAAGAACCAGCCUUUGGGAACUGAAGAAGCUUUCUGAACAUUUUCAUCCAUCUGUGGCCCUCUUCGCAAAAACAAUUCUAGAAGGAAAUCACAUUCAGUACUCUGGUGACCCUUUGCAGGAUUUCACAUUAAUGAGAUUCUUGGAUCGCUUUGUGUACAGAAAUCCCAAACAUCAUAAAGGCAAAGAAAACACCAGCAGUGUGGUAAUGCAGCCGAAGAAGAAGCAGUUUAUGAAGGAUAUGCAGAAUCUUGCAGUUAACAGUAAGGAAUUCCGUACCAAAGAUGAAAGCAAAAUCCCUGUGGAUGAAGUGUUUUUUCACAGAUUUUAUUCAAAGUUUGAUAAGAAGAGAGAGAAACAAAAGCGUCAGGAUGAUGAAGAAAGCGUGGAAGAUGUAGAUGAUGAUGAAUUUGAAAGAGCAUUGGAUACAUUUGAAGCUGCUGAUAAUGCCAUUGACGUUGGCCAGGAUGACCUUGAUUUUGCUGGUAAUAUAAAAAAGAAAACAGAAGGUGGUAAGAAAGGCCAAAGAAACAAGGAGUCCAGUGCUGACUGGGAGGAUUCUGAUGAUGAAGAUGAAUUCAGUGAUCUGGAUGAUGAGGAAGUCUCCUUAGGAAGUAUGGAGGAAGAUUUUGGAGAAGAUAUGGAUGAAGAGGGAGGUGUAUUUAUGGAUGUGUCUGAUGAUGAUAACAGCCUAGAUCCAAACAGUGACAAGCAAUUGAAGUCUGUUGGUAAAAAGGGCAAGAGAAAGAAAGAUAUGAAUUUUGUGGGAUCAUUUGAAGGAUCCAACCGAGGAAAGAAGAGAAAAUUCAAGGAUGCCGGUAUACUGGCAUCUGCAGAAGAGUUUGGCUAUCUGCUGGAUGAAAAUGCUGGGUCCAAGUUUGACAAUAUCGGAAUGAACGCCAUGGCCAACAGAGAUAAUGCAAAUGUCAAACAGAUCCAGUGGGAAAUAGAGCGUGACAAGUGGCUUCACAAUAGGGAUGUGAAAAGCAUCAUCAAAAAGAAGAAACAGUUCAGGCACAGAGGGCUGAAAAACAAGUUCAAAGGCAAGAAAUCAAAACGAUGAACUGGACAUUUUAAUGUGGACAUUUUUACAAUAAUUAUUUUAGAAGAUAAUUUUUUAAUUAAUCACACAUCUUUCUUACUUCAGUUCUUGCUGCUUAACCAUGCCAUUUGGUCAUUCUCCCUUAUGCCGUGAAUUCCAGACCACUCAUUGGAUUUGUAAUACACUGAAAAAUAGGAAAAUCCAUGUCAGCUGUAAGUUGGGCACAUCUGAAGGUGAGCCACUCUGUGGCUAGUUUUGUUGGAUCUAUAGUCCUGAGUACUUCACCCACAAGUCUGACACUCCAGCCACACCUAUGCAUAACAAUAAACACUUCUGCAGCAUUUCCUGGGGUAAGUUUUAAGCAGUAAUAAAAUCAGCUUUAUAGGUAAGAUGCAACAGAAGCUUCAGCCAUCCUUCUGAAACCAACAACUACAAACCUACCUUCCAGAAUUGAUGGAAACCUCUUCUGCAUUUUAUAUCUGAAAUCUGACAAGAAAGAUAAAUCAAUUACCCAACAUAUUUUAAGACAAAUAAUUAAAUACACUAUUUUUCUAACUAGAUUAGUUUUACCAAAAUUUGUCUGAGCUCCUUAGUUACAGCCACCACUAAAUAAUGUGAUCUGAAUUUACUUUUUCUUUUUUUUAAAUUGUAUCACAGACUGUAUUCAGGUUACUCAUGUGUGCAGCCCUAUCAUCAUAGUGUUUUCUGAGCUUCCUCACAAUUGUUAUAACCAAAUACAAAUUACAGAUUCACAGGAAGCUGAAUGCCUCUCAUAGGUUGACAUGCAAAUGAAAAUUGGGAAAACUACUCUGCUUCCUUAUGGAGCUUCAGGUGUUCAUUGAAUCCUUCUGUGGGCUGCUCUGGCAACCCAGUAGAAAAACAUGUAAUGAUAGCUUUAUGCUAUUUUAAUGAUUUACCGCAGCUCAUAGAAGGACCUUAUCAAUGCUAAUACUAGCACAAAGAAAGCGGUAAAAGUCUCAUUCUGAGCGCACUGAGCUGUUAGAUAAGCUCACUGCACUUUACAGAAUUACAAGAACUACAGCUUAAGAAAAUCUUCUGCAAAGGCAUGAGAACUAGGAUCUAGAACUGAAAAGAGGGAAGAAAUGAGAAGCCAUGAAUGCUCAGCACCAAGUUCCCAAGACAGGCCAAUACAUCUGCUCUCCACAUUUUGGAGAGUAAAAAUGCAAAGAAAGAUAGCUUAAGUCUAACAGCCUGCCAGCUCCUGAAUCUGGGAUAACAAAGGCGGACUGAUGUGAUGUAGUGUUGGUGCCCUCCCAGCUGCAGUAGCAGCUGCCUUUUGGUUCGCCCUGACCCUGUGGGUAGCAGGAGUGGCUUUCUUGUCCUGCAGGGGCACAGGUCUGUAAAACCAGUGCUGCACCCUGCAGAGUCCUGACUCCAAAAUAAGGCCAUUGCUGUGCAGAGCAGAUCUUGCAGUAACUCGGUGCCUGAUUUAUUUUUGUGUUACCUAGGAACUGAGUCCUAAGUUUGAGAGUUGAGGGCCUGAAGCCAAAUCAGCUGGAAGAUGACGCUGGCUGCUUCAUGCCAGCUGGGUCUGUUGUCUACCUGGGAAAUGUCAAAUCCCAGAGCCAGUGAGACCUAGGCAUGAGCCAGGGGAUCACUUCAAGGGCUGAGCACCAGAUGCCUGAAACAGGAUCGAUUAAAUCCUGCCUCAUUUU